AUGAGUGGACUUGCUCAGUCGUCGUAUACUGCGCUCAUGUGAAUGUGGUGCAGGGUAUUAAGGAUAUAAUUGCUGUUAGAUAACAUGGAAGAGGAAAGCAAUAAUGGCGCUGCUAAACAAAAAAGCAAGUCAAAAGGAGAACGACGUCGCAGUAAACCUGAGCUGGAUUCAGCUCGUGAUGAAAUAAAGCAGUUCAAAGAAAAUUUACUCCAGUCCAUCGCUACAGGAGAUGGUUCUUCCAUAAUAUCUGAAAGUGGCGGAGAAAUAACAAUUCCUCAACAACCGAGAUCUCGCUCGGCGUCCAAGGCGAGAGAAGCACUUCAUAUACCAGAUAAUGUUUUGGCCGAGCUCGACGAAACAAAAAUAUUUGAACUAAAGGAGGCGUUCUUGUUAUUCGAUAUGGACGGUGACGGUUACAUAGAUUUCAGCGACUUACGAGCGACAUUAGUGAGCCUUGGAGAAAAGAUCGAUGAACAAGUAGUAAGAAACAUGCUUUCCGAGGCAUCGAACCCACUGGACUUUGAUGCAUUCGUCAACCUCCUAGGAUAUAAAACUUUGGAGCUUGACUCAGAAGAAACUUUGGUUGCAGCUUUAUCUCGCUGGGACCAAGAUAAUACCGGAUAUAUACCUGAAGAAAGAAUUCGACACGAUCUUAUGACAUGGGGAGAUCGUUUCACUGAAAAGGAAGCCGACUAUGCUUUGGAUGAAGCGCCUAUAGUGCAAAAGAAUGGCACACCAAUGAUCGACUACGUACGUUUUUGCAGUCAAUUGUGCGGUCUUAGGAAGGCAAAUAAAAGUAACGAAUGAUUCUGGAAUAUUUGCAUAACAUUUCUAAUGUAGGCAAUGGUUGCGCUUAUUUUAAAAAAGUUUAAUAUUACAAAUAUUUGUUAUAAUUUAUCUAUUUGUUAUAUUUAUAUAAAUAUUAUUAGUUAUAUUACAUUUUCAGUUUUAAAUAAAAUUUAUAAAAAAUGUUUGUAACUGUUUUUAUAAUAAUGUAAUGGAAUAAUAUUACAUGUAAUUAAUAUAAUUUAAGAUUUUGUUAUUUUUUCAAUAAAUAAAAUU